CUCGAUUUCUACGCGAAGUCGGCAGAAAGGUCCGGGAUCGGAGGCGAGGCCUGCGCCCCGAUGGCCAUGCACCGCCUCCCUCCCGACUUCUCUCUGAAGCCGUCGAGGGAAGAGACCGAAACGGUUCUGUUUUCUGUGGUAAGGGAUGUGUUGGAGAAGAACGGGGUGAAGCCGGAGCGCAUCGACAUUCUUGUGUCCAACUGCAGCCUCUUCUGCCCCACCCCUUCCAUUACUUCUAUGAUCAUCAACAGGUUUGGAAUGAGAAGCAAUGUGAAGAGUUAUAGCCUGAGUGGGAUGGGGUGCAGCGCGGGAAUGGUGUCGGUGAGUGUGGCAAAAGACCUGCUUAAGGUCCACCGAAAGUCAGUGGCUUUGGUGGUGAGCAUGGAAGCCAUCACCCCCAACGGCUACCUGGGGAAUGACAAGUCCAUGAUUCUCACAAACACACUGUUCCGGAUGGGAGGGGUUGCCGUCCUGCUGUCCAACCACCGCACCCGCCGCCACCGCCCCAAAUACAAGCUCCAACAUCUUGUCCGCACCCACUUCGGCGCAGAUGACGCAUCCUACCACUCUGUCUUCCAAAACAAUGACGAUUUGGGUCAUCAGGGUGUCCAUCUCUCUAGAAAUCUUCUCCAAGUUGCAGGAAGAGCCCUGAAAAGCAACAUAUCUGAGCUCGCCCCCCUUGUUUUACCCUUAUCUGAACUUAUUCUCUAUGGGUUUGCAACGCUGAGUAGGAAAGUGUCCGGAAAAAGAGAGACUUUCGUGCCUAAUUUCAACAAGGCUUUUGAACAUUUCUGCAUCCAUGCAGGUGGAAGGGCUGUUAUUGAUGCGGUCCAGGAUAGCCUUAAGUUGAGCAAGGAAGACGUGGAGGCUUCAAGAAUGACCCUAUACAGAUUCGGCAACACUUCAUCUUCUUCGAUUUGGUACGAGCUUAGCUACCUGGAAGCGAAAGGGAGGAUUAAAAAGGGUGAGAGGGUUUGGCAGAUUGCGUUCGGAAGUGGAUUCAAGUGUAACAGUGCUGUUUGGGUGUGCACUUCCCAACUCCAUCCCAAUCCAACCAAUGCAUGGUCUGAUAGGAUUCAUAGAUAUCCUGUCCAAGUUCCAAAGAUUUUAGAUCAUUGACCAUAGUUUCUAUUUGUAUCCUCCCGGCGACCAAUGUUCUACUCUGGAUUUGUAAAUUACAAUUCUUAUAAUAAAUAAAACACAUACCAAUAUUAAUUACAAGAUAAAUAAAACAAAUUAAUUGGUAUUAUAUACGUACGUAGUCUAGAUAUUAAGUUCCGAUCCAUAAAAGUUGUAAUUAACGGUGUUCCAAACACUACUACUAUUAAUACUCGUAGUUUCUUCAUUUUUGGCCAUUUAUAUAUAUACACAAGAU